AUGUUUUCUGCAGUUAAUGCAUUGAGAGCCAUCAAGAAAAGUUUGAUUGAUCCAUAUCAUAAUCUUGGAAGCUGGAAUAGGGGGGAUCCAUGUACUUCAAGAUGGGCUGGAAUUUCUUGCUACAAUACUACACUAGAUGAUGAUUAUUUUCAUGUCAGAGAAAUGUCAUUACUGCAAAUGAAUCUGUCUGGUCGUUUAUCUCCGGAACUUGUCCAUUUAUCUUAUAUGAAGAUAAUGGAUUUUAUGUGGAACAACAUUAGCGGGACAAUACCAAAGGAGAUAGGCAACAUUACAUCAUUAGAAUUGUUGCUUCUCAAUGGAAAUAAACUUACAGGUUCCUUGCCUGAUGAGAUUGGCUAUCUUCGUAACUUGGACAGAUUGCAGAUUGAUGAGAACAAAAUAUCUGGUUCAAUACCAAAGUCAUUGGCUAACUUGAACAAUGCAAAGCACUUCCACAUGAAUAAUAAUUCCCUUAGUGGACAAAUACCGCCAGAGCUCUCUAAAUUGCCAAAUCUUGUUCAUUUGUUGCUUGAUAACAACAACUUAUCAGGACGUCUUCCACCAGAACUUUCCAAAAUGCCAAAUUUAAUGAUACUUCAACUUGAUAACAACAACUUUGAGGGGAGUACAAUACCUCUUUCUUAUGGAAACAUAUCUUGCUUAUUGAAGCUGAGUCUUAGGAACUGCAGUUUGCAAGGGCCAAUUCCUGACUGGAGCAACAUGCCCAAUAUUGCUUUUAUAGAUUUGAGCCUAAACAAGCUUAGUGGAACAAUACCAGCAGGUGUGCUUUCUGAGAAUAUGACAACUAUCGACCUAUCAUCCAACAAUCUUAAUGGAACUAUUCCUGCAAGCUUUUCAAGGCUUCCUCUAUUGCAGAAAUUGUCACUAGCAAACAAUUCAUUAAGUGGUUCAGUUCCAUCCACCAUUUGGCGGAAUAGAAUUCUCAAUCAAUCAGAGACACUCAUCUUGGAUUUUCAGAACAAUAGGCUUUCAAUUAUUUCUGGCAGCCUUAUCCUACCGUCGAACGUCACUGUUAGCCUUCGAGGAAACCCCAUAUGCACCAGGGGUAACCUUAUUCAGUUCUGUGGAUCUUAUGAGGAAGAUUUCAAUGAGAUGUUCAACCUAACAAGAUCCAAUGCCUGCCCUCCUGAAUCAUGUCCACCUCCUUAUGAGUAUGCCCCAGCAUCUCCUGUUGCUCGCUGCUUUUGUGCUGCUCCUCUGCUUGUUGGAUAUCGUUUAAAGAGUCCCGGGUUCACAAAAUUUCGCCCUUAUUUUGAUAAAUUUGAGCAUUACGUAAGUUCUGCUCUUGAUUUGAAUAUUUAUCAGUUUCACAUUGAUUCGGUUGCAUGGGAAAAGGGACCUCGACUGAGAAUGUACCUGAAGAUUUUUCCGGCAUAUGUAAACAACAGCAUUCAUCUGUUUAAUGGGAGUGAGAUCCUCCGAAUUCAUGGCUUGUUUAGUGGAUGGAGGAUUCAUGGUAACGCUGUCUUUGGACCUUUUGAGCUGCUAAAUUUCACGCUUUUGGAGCCUUAUAAAGAUGAAUUUCCCUCUUCUUCACCAUUUG